CGUCCGCCCAGAGCGCCACAUUUACGGAGCAUUUACGCGCAAUGCAGAGGGAUAGCAGAUCGGGUCCAUGUGUGCUUGUGGAACCACCAUUUGAGAGCCUUCAACAAGGCCGCUGACAUGUUGGCAAAUAUCGCCAUGGACGAUCGCAAGAGUCGUCAGGUAUUUUGCUCGGACCAACCAACCCGGGCCCCCCGCUGGGCAGAAGUCACUCGCUUGUUAGACGGUGACCUCAGGCAAUGGCGGGAUGCAUAUUUCACUGGAGGGGCUGAAGAGCCUGACGCGGACGCCGAGUAA